AUGAAGCCCUCGAAAUCAAUGGUUGAUCGCGAAAGACCAGCCUCUGCUCACUACCCAUUCGCCACUCAACCCCGAGUAGCAAAAGUGAUGAUAGCGACAAAGAUCGGAAUCGCCGAAUCGCUUAACUUACUCAAAGUGAACAAAGAUUGUCGAGACUAUAUUCGUCUGCGUGGGCCACUUCACAAAAAGGAAUUCGAAGUGAAUGAUUGUGCCAUCGAUUUCGCGUUGAUCCAAACAGACUGGGAGUUCAUCUUUGGAUUACGACAAAGAAAUAGCGAUCGACAGUUCUGUUUCAAAUAUCGUCACCCAUAUUGGCAUAUCGCUGACAACGCGGCAGAGGGUUUCCAUGAUUAUCGUCGAUAUGUAUACCUGAAGGACGGGAAACAAAAGCUUUUCAACAUUUUCCAAAGUAUUCACUCAUGCAAAUUGUUGAAGUUGAGAGGUUGGGCACGAUGGCGACCCGGGGGAAUGCAGUGGAGACUCUCUGAACCGCUACGAAAAGAUUUCAUCAAAAAUUUCCCAAUCAAGAUGAAAAUCGUGAAAGAAUAUCGGCUAGAGAAAUUGCAAGACUACUCAAUGGAACUUUUUGAGAAAGCCACUGAAAUGAUUUCCCCAGGAGCCGAUGUUUUUGACAUAAGAUUUGGUAUUCACGAGAUCGGUGAUGAGAUUAGUAAAAUGGAAUCACCAAAAAUCGAUGAGAUUCUCGAAAAAUUGAAAUACAUCACGACCUAUCUGAAUACGUGGAUAGCCGUAAAGCUUCGCGGUCUCCACUCGAUGACUUGGAUCUAUAUGGGAAUCCAGAACUAUUUCCCGCCGUAUCGCCUUUGCUACGCGUACCAAUUUGCCUCGUUUUACAUAGAAAAUGGAGCACUGAUCUUGCUGCAUUUGAAUCGAUUCACUGCGAUUUGGCUGCCAAUCAAGCAUAUCAAAAUUUGGAAUCUGCGAAACAUAGCCUAUGCAGGAAUUCUCAUUUAUCUGAUUGGUUUCUCGAUUUGCUAUUCCGAUUUCUAUAUUGGUCCGCUUUAUGUAGAAGUGAAUGGGCUAGCUGUAGACAAUCCAGCACUAAUGCCAGAAUUCUGGCUAUCCGCUGCGUUGAUGGGCCCGCUUGGGCACACGUUCCCAUGGAUUGCGCUCGCGUUGGAUCUGUUGACACUCGGAAAGAUUCUCUAUUUGAGGAUUAUGGGGAGACAAACAAACGGAGUUUUGGUGGAGAUCAACUUGUUCUUGAUUUGCCUCAGCACUUUCGUCGUUCAACUGACAUUAAUGUUGUACUUUGAUCGUGCUUUCAGCCUUUGGAAUACCCCAGAGAUGUCGCUUUUAAUGCUAAGUGUUGUGAUUGAUUUGUUCACAUUGAGCGAAGCGUACAUUGGAUUGGCGUUGAAUCGAACACUGCGCCAAAAAUUGUUUGCCAUGCUUUUUGGGAAGAAAAGAAAUGGUGGAAAAGUAUCGGAAACGACGAGCGCUUUUCAGCGAUCGAACAAAGAGACAAAACAAUUCUCGCAGAGUGUAGUAAAGUUU